AUGAUGGUGUGGCUUCUUCUUCCUCUCCUCACCUCUCUCUGCUCCUCAACUGUUUUGGGAUUUACUGACGAGGACAUGAUGAGGGACGCGAUGCUUGAGAAACUGGGGCUCUCAGAGCUGCCGAGGCUCGAGAAGCGGGAUCUGGAGAGCGUGGUGGUCUCCGCGCACAUCCGGAAUAAGUACCUCUCCAUGCUAAAACUGCACAACACGCGCAGACGCCGACGCGCCGUGCCCAGUCUGGCGGGAAUCCUGCGAGGCAUCCACGGCAGUGCAGAUAUCUCUGGAGAUGUUGUGUAUUCGGACACCACGCGGCAGCACCUGACCUUCGACAUGUCCAGCAGAAUACCCGGAAACAGCGAGGUGACCAUGGCGGAACUCAAGCUCUUCAGAACGCCCGCGCGCCACGCGCCACUGCAGGUGCAGAAGAGGAGCGCGCGGCCGGUCAAGAAUGCCCGCGUGAGCAUCUACUGGGUGCACGCGCUCAAGGGCGGCAAGAACACGACGUCACUUGUAGAUUCCAGGCUGGUUCCCAUUUACGAGUCUGGGUGGACGAGCUUCGACGUGACGCAGGCAGUGCAGUACUGGGCCAAGUCUAGAUCGGGGCGCCAGACGCCGCUGCACCUGCAGGUGUGGAUCGAGGGCGAGCGGCCCGGCAGCCACGCGGCCGAGCUGGCCAAGAGCGUGCGCUUCGCUACCGGAGACGGAGAUGGAGAUGGAGAUGGCGAUGGCGUCUCGAGCUCCGGGGUCAAGAAACCAGACCUGGUGCUCUUUACCCUGGACCUCGACGAAUUUGGGUCCAGUGGUGACUGUAACUCGGCCAAGUCGAGCUCCUCGAGCGGUGGUGGCCGGUCCCGCUGCUGCCGGGAGGAACACUUCAUCAACUUCCGGGAGCUAAGCUGGACCCAGUACUGGAUCAUCGAGCCCGUGGGGUACCAGGCCUUCCGUUGUGCCGGAGGAUGCAAGCAGCCCGCGUCCGGCCCCGCCCCCGGCCGCAGCUACGGAGGAGGAUACGGACAUCAACAGCUGCAGCGCACGUGCGCGGCCGUUGAGAGCGCUCCGCUGCCCAUCAUGUACCUGGUGAAGAGGGGCGAUCACGCCGAGAUCGAGGUGGCCGAGUUCCCCAACAUGAUCGUGGAGAAGUGCGGAUGCACCACCGACAAUGCCUCCGUAUAG